CCCGACAGCAAACGGCCGCGCCUGUCCUCGUGGGCGGGUGCUGGCCCGCAGCCCACCACGCUGCCGCAUCCUCAUCAUCACCUUCCUCCCUCACCUCACCACUCUCUUCCUCAUCCUUCCCACGGCCCUCAUGCCCCCUCGACCCAGCUCCCGCCGCCGCCGCCGCCGCCUCCUCCUGCUCCUCAGGGCCCUCCUACUCACCACCACCACCACCUGCACCAUCACCAUCCGGCCUCGAGUCCCUACCCGUCCUACCCGUCUAGACACUCGGAGCUGCCUCCUCCUCCUGCGCCGCCAGCACCGGCCUCGGCCCACGGGCAUGCCCAGCAGCAUCCUGACAUGGACCGUCGACACUCCGACCAAGAGAUUCUCGCUCCCAUGCAGGACCCGUAUCGCCAGCCGCCGCCGCCGCCGCCGCCACAUCACCCGGGACUGCAGCACCCUAUGUCGCCUGCGCAACAUCCCUAUCACCCAUAUGCCAACCGAGAUACCGUCAUAAAGCGAGAGCCUACCGAGGAUCUACGGAGGCCCAACUCGACGGGCCAUGCGCCAGAGUCCCUCCCACCGCCGCCGCAAGCCAUCAGUCGCAGCCGCAUCCCCCACCACCUCCCUUCCAAGAUAACCCUCCACCGCGACACAUGAACUACGACAAUGCGCCAUCGUUGCCCCCAACUCCCGGGGGAUAUCGCGCCCCUAGCUUCCCUCCUCCGCCCACGCCCGUUGCACACCAGUCGUCCUACGAACAGACCCCCAGUUACCAAGCCGCAGAGCCCUUCUACAGUGUCUAUUCCGCCGUCUCGAAGAAGAAGAACACGAGAGCUUCACAGGCAUGCGAUCAGUGUCGACAGCUCAAAGCCAAGUGCGAUGAGACGAAACCGUGUAAGACGUGUAGAGACAAGGGGACGGAGUGCAGAUAUCGUGAUCCCGUGCCGAAAGCAACCGACAAGGCUCAGGCCGACAUUCUGGACGGCAUCUCCAGCAUGCAGAGCACGCUUUCCGCCCUCGCGGAGCGCUUUGGGCACAUGGAUGACAGGUUGACCAAGAUGGAAGCAGUAUUCUCGAGGACACCCAGCCUAUUCCAGCUUAAGCGAGAUCCUAGUCCUGAUGCGGAGCUGAAGCCCAUGUCAGUGCCCAUCCCAGGCUCGCCGCGUGCACCUGACGAGUUCAUGGCGGAUCGAUCUCCUAUGGAGGACAUGUCUCGGGACCAGCCGGUGCUGUCCACUGAGACGGUGCCCGCAGAGGCGGCUCCUGAGCCCACAGCCACCACUUUCAUGGCUGAGGACGAGAUAGAGGCCGAACCGGGGCCACCAGUGCCGCCUGGCGAACCUGCAAUCCCCAUCAACCAUACGACCUUGGCUGGGCUCCUGCUCGACUGGGACCCUAUCAAAGAGCUAACGCGGCAUCACCUGGAGCGCGAAGGCAUCAAGUUCAUCAGCGAGUACCCCAUCAGCCAGGAGCAGAACCGCGGAAUUCUCAAGGUGUAUGGGCGAGGCGAGGACGCGCACUUUCGAGUCUCGAGGGAGGCAACGGCUGAUCACGGAAACGUGGACAUCGGCGACGACAACAUGUCGGAUAUUGUGUCCUCCUCUCCCGCUGCGGACUGGGGACAGCUUGGCGGCCUGAGUCCAGGCGAUCAGAUCGAGUACCGAGGCGGCGUCCUCAGCUCCGACGGGAAUCCGGAUUUCACCGAGUCCAAGAUCGCGACCUAUCCGAAGCCGCAGCCUCUGAAGUCGGCCUUCGCCGUGUCACAGCCUCUCGAGGUCACCGGCUCCAAGAGAAAGAGGACGCCCGAGACGGAUGGGCCUUCGACACCAGGUCCUGUUCGCGUCGGGAAGCCGAGCCGGUCUAUCCACAGCGCGCUUGUUCUCGUUAUCAUCGCACUCGGCAAGAUCUGCCUGCACACCGAUGAAGUUCCCGACGUUGUUUUCCCCGUGGACCCAAUGCCUCACGGAAGCCCCGUCAGUCGCAACGGGGUGCCCCCAUCGCCAACGCAGGGCUCACCUCCAGGGUUUUCCGCCCACUCCCAGUCCUCUGGCUUCCCCUCGCCCAGAGACCAAGAGCGCGGCUAUCAGAGCAGGAGGUCAUCCAUUCAUGGCGCAAGCGGUCCUGUUCGCUCAGGGUUGGGCUUGAAGAAGAAUUACGAGGUCAUUCCCGGCCUGGAAUACUUUGCGUUGGCAACGGACAUUCUCGGCAACCAUACGGGCGCGUACCACAAUAUGAAGAAUGUCUACGCCAACAUCUUUGCUGGUCUGUAUCACGGCCAGCUUGCACGCCCCCUGGAGAGCUUUGCAUUCAUCCACAAAGCGAGCCACAAGUUGCAAGUAAUCAUGAGACCGAGCCUGGACAAGCUACGGAAAAUCAAAACCAACAUGGAGUUCAUCCGCGAAACAAAGUACAACCAGCUGGCACUAGCCUUCUGGACGUGUCUGCAGCUGGAGAGUGACUUGAUUGCUGAGCUUCCGCUCCCUCCAUCUGGCCUGUUGCAAUACGAGAACGACAUGCCCCAGCCCAACAUGAGUCUCCUCGAAGGCUUCGACCAAAGGGUCGUGGACAGCUAUCCGGCGCAGCUGUACCUCCGGACGCACUUAAACAGCAUUCAUCGCAUGUUCUACUCGCCCGACGACCCCAGCAAGCCGGAGAAGCUCAAGAACGUGAGGCUCGUGGCCGACGGCGUCUCGACCAUGCGCUGGGUCCCGGCCAGCUUCCGCUUCAACGAGACGGACCCCCCUGCAACCGACAUCUUGUCGGCGCGCCUGAGGGCCAAGUACUGGGGAGCGCAGAUGAUCACCUAUCGGCCGUUUGUCCGCCAAAUUCUCCAAUGGUCCUUUGAGGUGAAGCGCCACCCCUCCAGCCCCCACGUCCCCGUCAUGUCGGAGUACCGCGAUGGCAUCAUUGCACCUUACAUCCGCCCGGAUACCAAGACUUCGAGCCAACUGGACCCCGGCAUCAUUGAGCUGGCCCGAAAGGGUAUUGUAGCCCUGAUUGAGAGCACGAAAUCGUUCCAUGGCCUUGGGGAGAAGCGACCCAUCAUCACCAACGUGUUUGGCACGGCGCAUGCUCAAUGGGGCAAUCUCCUUGUUCUCUCGGCAGCUUUUAAGGACCCCGUGUUGCACAAGUUCGUCAACGAGGAUCUUUUGCGGUCCCUGUUCCACAAGACGAUUGCGUUCCUGCGGCAGUCCGCGACGCAUACGAGCUCUCUACGAAUUGACAUGCACAUCCUGGAGGGACUGCAGCGGGACCUGUUUCCCAUGGACGGAAGGACGGCCUCGAGCUUUUCCAGCAACCUCAGCCAUCCCACGCCCAAGCUUCCCAUCGUUGCGCCACCCUAUUCCAACAGCGAUCCUAAUAUUGCACAGCCGAUGCCGCCACAGCCACCACCACCACACAUCGGACUGCCUCCGGGACCUUGAGAGAGUUAUUCUACUUUUCGUCUCCCUCCCUGGAAGGAAUACGCGAAUCGUCUUCUUCAUUCUGAUUAUCUAUCAAUUCUUUUCGACUACUUGAAGCGACAUAACUCUGUUGCUUUUGGUAUCUGCUUUUCUUUGAUCAUUUUGGCGUAAUAUGGGGACCCUUGUUUGUCUCUUCUUACAACUUAUCUACAUGAACUUGAACGGUGAAGCAUUUGGCGGACAAUAUACAAAGAUGUUUGAAUGGGGCGGUUGGCUCUGCAAUAUGCCGGCAUCACGAUUGACGGCGCAGCGCAGGGCGCGACGAUUUUGCAUCGUACUGCGAUUUUGACUCGUAUUCUCACCUGGAUAUAUCAUAUACACGCAAGGUAUAGACCACAUUGACGGUCUUUGAACCAUCUUCUUCUUUACUCUUUCUGUUCUUCUUCUUGUUCAAACCAGAAAAAUCUUCAAGCUGCGUUGAAAAGCCAUUACUUGGAGGUGUAUUGGUGCUACCUCUUCUCAUACACUGUAUCACAUACAUUGUUCCGCAUCUGGCGCUGUUGGAAAGCUAAUGCUCCUUUGCUUUUUCUUUUCCUUCUUUCUCUUUGCUUUGUUUGCGCGAGUAUCCUACAUCUGGGGUGGAUUCGGAGGAGAUACCAUUAUGCAUGCCGGCGGGCAGGCUACUCACUUGGCGCGCAUCUGCCGCCCCUGGAGGAGGGCCGACGGUGACGUGGGGAAGGGGAAAAGGAUUGGUAGGGAGGGAAUGGUAAGGGCAUGGGGUGGGUGGACAGGGCAUGGGUGAAU